AUGUGUAAGAUUGCGUUAUCAUGUCCAAAUGAGGCAGUUUUUAAGCAAGCAAUUAGAGAGUAUGCAAUCCAAAAUGGAAAGGACAUUUUUUUAAAGAAGAAUGACCCUCAUAGGAUUAGGGUUCAAUGUAAAGGUGUUGGUUGUCCUUGGGUUUGCUUUGCAUCGAAGAUUGAUGACACCGCCACAUUUGUCAUCAAAACUUAUAAUGAUGAACACAAAUGUGCUAGAAAGAAUACAAAUAGAUUUCCAACUUCUAGAUGGUUGAACUGGAAGAACAUGAAUGAGUUCAAGAUGAAUGACAAGUGGGGAAUCUCUUCUUUCAUGCACAAGGUUAGAAAGGAAAAUGUCAUUGAGAUUACACGGGACAAAGCGUAUAGAGCUCGACUGAUGGAAACUAGAGCAAUUGAAGGGAGCUAUGAAGAGCAGUACGCUGCUCUUUGGGAUUAUGCUAAGGAGAUUAAGUGGACCAGUAGGGGUUCAACUGUUGAGUUUUUGACAGAAGUUGGUGAGAAUGAUUUCAAUGAGGAUUGUAGACCUGUUAUUGGGUUGGAUGGCUGCCAUAUUAAAGAGCGUAUUAGGAUGUACAUGAUGCAAAGGCUCACUAAAAAUAGGCAUUCAGUUAUAAUGUGGGAGUCAAACAUUGCACCAAGGAUAGUAACUGUUCGUGAAAAGAACAAGGUGGAAGCUAGAAGUCACAUUCCCACCAAAGGGAGUGAAUUUAUGUAUCAAGUGAUGAACAUGUACGUGGGCAUGUACUCUAUCGAUUUGGUAAAUUGGGUCUGCUCUUGUAGAAGAUGGGAACUCACUGGUAUUCCAUGUAGUCAUGUUGUUGCAUCUAUUUGGCAUAAAAGGGAGGAUCGAGUGACAUAUGUCUCCAAAUGGUAUACCAAGGAAUACUACAUGAAGGCAUACUCUCAUCAAUUUUUUCCAAUUAGGAAUCAAGAUGAGUGGCCUAGAAGUGGCAAGGUUAGAAUGAUUAAGCCAAUUGGGAAGACUCAUCCUGGUAGGCCUAAGAAAAGUAGAAGAGUUGAACUUGAUGAGUUGGCUCCACAAACAAGCAAGAAAUUGAAACGAAGAUAUGUGAGAAUGAGAUAUCUGGCUGUGGUGCAGUGGGCCACAACUUCAGAACUUGGAAAAGACAACCCCCUAGUUGAUCCUGGUACUUAUGCUAGAAAUAGCAGUCAGCCAGAAAAUGCUUUAGUGAGUUCAACAACAAAUAUGAGUGCUCUACAAGGAAUAAUGCCACCACCUCAGCAAGUCCCAUUGAACCCACCUCAGCAAGGUAGCAAUACAGUUGCAACAAGGACCAAACAUGGUUAG